GUGAGCCGCCGCCAGUUAUGUGUUUAUAGUGGUCGGAACAACAUGUCUCCCAUCAGCGUUGUCGUACUUGGGUUGGUUUUAUGCUGCGGCUUCUCUGCGGCUGAACCGCCGAAAGAACCGGCGAUUGUGAUCCUGGAUUCAGUCGGGCAGAUAUGGGAGACCCUAGGCCAGGCGAAAAUCACAGAGGUCGCACAGACCGGGAUCAACGGGGAGACAGGGAGAGGGAAGAAAACGAUGCAGCUCGCCAUCCCUUUAAUAGUCGGUUUCAAAAUCGCUGGCGCCAUCAUCGCUGCCCUGGGAGCACUUAAAGUCCUCGUAAUCAAGUCCGUAGUUCUGAGCGGUUUUGCCGUAGUCACCUCGCUCAUCCUGGCCGGAAAGUACAUUUACGACAAAAUGAAGCACAAACAGGAACACGUUGAGGCGACCCCUUACUACUAUCCACAAGCUCACGUCAUGGCUCAGCAAUUUGCCUGGGAUGGGAUGUACGACGUGCAGGCAGGAACUUCAGACGUUGCCACGGAUCUGAACGGCCAUUACUCUCAACCUCUAGUUGCAUCGAUUACGGACAACCACACGGCUUACAAUUACAUACCGACCGCUGAGAGAAAAUCCUCUAGGCCCAAGUACAGAACGACAGUAUACAGAACAACAGUGAAACAGAUCGACAAGAAAUAAAAAAAUUCUAAAUAUAAUGGACUACCUCAAUUAGGACAACCAGGAUCUACCUAUGGUAGAAAACAAACGGCAACAAUUGUUUUUUAAUAUUAAUUUAAUGCCGAUUUGUCGCCGUGAUUUUUAUUUCUGUAAAAAUUCUACAUUUUCCGGACGGGCAUACUAGCUAGUACAAACCAAAUUGUUUAUUAUUCUCCUCAUUAUUGUACAAAAUCGUAGUUUACAAACAAUAUUUAUGAUGAAUGAUAGU